AUGAUGAUGAUAAUUUUAAAUAAUCAUGAUGAUGAUGGUGCUGGUAAUCGUGAUGAUGAUAGUGAUAGUAGUGAUAAGCAUGUUGAUAUUCGUGAUACUGUUAACAGCAUUGACGAUGGUGAUGAUCAUGUUAUUGAUGAUGGUGAUGAUGAUGAUGACAAUAACGAAGGUGGUGGCGUUAAUGAUGAUGGCGAUAGUUGUGAUGAUGACGGUAAUAAUCAUGAAAUCAUGCUGAUAAUUGCCAUGGUGAUGAUGAUGAUGAUCAUCACCACUCGGCCUCUCUACCCGACACAGGUUCUGUCUUAUUCCUUUCAACUAAACAGGGAUCAACUUAUCAGCAGUGGAUUUUUAAUUUGA